AUGUCUUUUCUCGCUCGCCUCACCCUCGUGGUGCUCUGGGCACUGGCUGUUUGUGCACAGGAGACUGUGACUGUGACAGAGACAUCUACCGUCACUAGCUGUCCCUCCGCUGGCUUGAGGUUCUAUCCUCGAGCUGAAGCUACUGUCACAGAAUGUGCUCUCUCCUGCUACACUACCGUCUCUCAGUGUACUUCUACCCAGUACCUUGGCACUUCAUCUGGUAUUGAACUUCCGACUGGUUCUUCGGUUAUCCUGUCUGAGUCUGAGACUCUCACCAACGUCAUCUCCCUCCCUACUGUUUCUAUCCCUUCUACAAGCAUCUUCGCCAACACUUCUGCUUCCUACACUUCUAUCCUCGAGACUUCCAGUGUCGUCUCCCAGCCUGAGGUCUCUAUCGGUUCAAGUGCUCUCGCUGGAGGGACGUCGUCCGGGCUGAACUCUACCGUGUAUGGAUACUCAACUAGCACUGCCACUCUGGAGGUGACUUCCGAGGUCGUUAGCAACCUGGAGACUAUGCCUACUUUUGUCCCGAGUGUGGACUCUUCGGCUCUUGCAUCUGACACUACUCAGUUCCCGCAAGUUGAAGAGUCUACGACACUCUCUGAGGGCACGACUGAACAGAUUUCUGAGUCUGCUCCCUCCGAGACAGGGUCGGUUGCAACUGAGGGCUUGAGCACGGAGACUUACAUCUCUCAACAGGGCAGCUCUACCCUCUCUGAAGACACUGGCGUUUCUACUAUCCCUGAAGGAGUCUCUACAACAACUCUCAAGUCGGUUAUAACCAGUCAGGUCACACUCACGGAGAGUAUCUCGACUGUUUACACUGGCUCUGCUGAGGCCUCCACAUCUGAGGAGGUCACUGAGAUCAUCGACACAACCUCUCAAGCUGGCGGUGGCAGUACUGAGACUGGACAGAGCCCUGCUUCAACCGAGGAUGUCAGCUCCGAGGCUACUAUUCCAACUGCCGCCUCCACAGCCGCUGGAGUCACAACUGAAGCUGAGAUUUCCACCACUACACCAUGCACCUCAACCAAGCACACUCACAUCUACGACAACACCACCAUCAUCCACAGCACAGCCGAUGCCAGCGUUGACUCUUCUGCUUUGGCUGGAGCUUUCACCUCGGCGUCUUCUCUCGAAUCUGAGUACACCUCUGCCACAUCCGAGGUGAUCGAGCAGACUACAGCUCCUGGUGCCGAGACAUCAGAGGGUCAAGCUGGAGUGUCAACUUCUGUAUACCUCGAGAGCACAACCGAGACAGCUGUUGGAGUCCAAACUACUCUUCCUACUGAGUUCAUCCCUAUCGAGUCCACCGCUGCUCAAACAGACUCAGAGAUCGCCACUCCCACUCAACCCAUAGAAACACCAGUACCUUCUGCAGAGUCAACCGGACCUCAAGGCUAUGACUUCGGACCCAGCUCCAACGACGGCUGGCCCUCCGCUUCUUUCGCCUCCAGCGCAGACGCAGCUACUGGCUUCACCACUCUCCUUACUACAAGCAAGGUCACAGAGGAGUCGUCUACCACUACUGGUGUCAAAGAACCCAAGUAUGAGCCACCUGCUUACGAGCCUCCUUCGUACCGCGAGCCAGGUUCUGUUCGUAAGCGAUGGGGUUUCUAA